GACGCACGCACUCAGCCAGCCCAUCGUCAUGGUGGCGGCACACGCAGACAUAUAUGUCUAUUUCUCUAUCUCUCUAGGUAGGCACGUCAGCUGCUAGCUAGUCUUCGUGGUGCUUGAAUGCCCAGUCUUCUGGCGAGCCGUCCUUGUCUGCCAAGUGCUUCAGCCUUGUGAUGCGAACGCCUGUAGACACACACACACACACACGGAGACACACGUGUUUCCAUCACCAUGUCAAUCUCCCAUAUGUGGGCACCCACCAGGGGUUGCUUGCCGCGUACUCGUCCACAUUCGCUGCCUGCGCGCGCGCAAUGCCGUCAAAGUUGUUGAUGGCUUCGCUCCUCAGAUGUGUCCGUGCUCGAAAAAUGGCCCUCUUCUCUUCGGCUACCUCGGCCUUCUCAAUUUGGUCCACCAUAUUAUCGGUCUGCUUCAUCGAAUCAUCAGCUGCACACCAAACAGAGAAACGGAGCAAAACAGAGAUGCACGUGCACAUUUGAUGGCAGGCAGCCAUUCUUAGCCCUGACUGAGUUCGUUGGCCGUGUCUUCGCGCCCAAAUGGCUUCAAAUCAUGAAAGGGCAGGUUGAUGUCUGUGGCAAAGCCGCCUUCGGGGGGGCCCAUGUUAUGUCUGGGCGGCUCCUGUGUGGGCGCUGUGGUAGAUGCAUAUGCGCCUGCUGCGGCGUUGGACCUCU